AUGGGUAUAACAAAAGAACAAAAGAGUAGAUUAUUAAACCAUUUAAGACUGGAAAAACAGAAAUUGAGUAUUAGAAAUAACCUACUAAUGGAAAAACAUGCUAAAGAUGUUGAAAAAAGCGUAAGGCGUAGAUUAAAUAUGGUUUCAGUUACAUUAUAUGAUAUAAAGUUUAAAGAAAUAUUUAUGGUUGAAAGGCAAAAGAAGCUAGAAAUUAGGUCGCUAUUAAAAGAAAUUCAAGAGUUAAAGAGAAAUUCAAUGAAUAAAUAG